UCGUUUUUUUUUACCACACUUGGCGCGUUUUUGGUGUCAUAAAGUUGGUGCUCGUGUUUUUUGUUUGACACAACUUCAAUAACCUGUGUCAAGUUGUGCAACUCUUGAAAUGUAAAAAGUGUUGGAUAAAACGCAAGUGAAACAUUGAAAAUGGGUCCCCCGAAGCGCUCCAGCAGCAAAGCCGAGGGCAAGUCGCGGAAGCGCAAAAAGGAGGAGGAAGAAUGGACGUACGAGGAGGAGGACGUGAACGAGUCUGAAGGGGCUGCAGUGCCGGGUGCUGCGGCUCGCGACGCCGAAAAGAACGACCAGAGCGUGCAAGAGGACGAAUUCGGGGCCAAAGACUACCGCUCCCAGAUGAUUCUCAAGCCCGACAACGCGUCGAGACCGCUGUGGGUGGCCCCCAACGGCCACAUCUUCCUCGAGUCCUUCUCGCCGGUUUACAAACACGCCCAUGACUUUUUGAUCGCGAUUUCGGAGCCCGUGUGCCGGCCGGAACACAUCCACGAGUACAAACUCACGGCGUAUUCGUUAUAUGCCGCCGUGAGUGUGGGGCUGCAGACCAAUGACAUAAUUGAGUAUUUGAAUCGGUUGAGUAAAACGAGCAUUCCGGACGGUAUUGUCGAGUUUAUUAAAUUGUGCACGUUGUCGUAUGGGAAAGUCAAGUUGGUGUUGAAGCACAAUAAGUAUUUCGUGGAGAGCCCCCAUCCGGAGAUUCUCCAAAAGUUGUUGAAAGACCCGGUGAUUCAAGAGUGUCGCUUGAGACGCAACGAGGAAGGGGACGAGUUUAUAACCCAAGUUCAGGAAAAGAAAAACGUUCCGAGUUUUGUGGCUAAACCGGUCACUGGGGACCAAACCGACUCCUCCGCCGUCCCCGAUGACAUCACGAACUUUUAUGACAAACUCGACAAUGAAGAGGAUGAAGAUGAGUCGACUCUUCAAACUGUCUCAUUUGAGGUCAAUCAAGAAAAAAUUGAAACGAUCCAAAAACGUUGUAUUGAGCUCGAGUACCCCUUAUUGGCCGAGUACGAUUUCCGAAAUGACACGAUUAACCCCGAUAUUAACGUGGAUUUGCGCCCCUCGGCGGUGCUUCGCCCCUACCAGGAGAAAAGCCUCCGGAAGAUGUUCGGUAAUGGUCGGGCCAGAUCGGGUGUCAUCGUCUUACCCUGCGGCGCGGGUAAAUCCCUCGUGGGCGUAACGGCGUGUUGCACCGUCCGGAAACGAGCUCUAGUUUUAUGCAAUUCGGGUGUUUCCGUCGAACAAUGGAAACAACAGUUUAAAAUGUGGUCAACAGCGGACGACAGCAUGAUUUGUAGAUUCACCUCAGAGGCGAAAGAUAAGCCAAUGGGGUGCUCCAUUCUGGUAACCACCUAUUCGAUGAUAACACACACCCAACGAAGGUCAUGGGAAGCCGAACAAACCAUGAAAUGGUUGCAGGAACAGGAAUGGGGGAUCAUGGUACUCGAUGAGGUUCACACAAUUCCCGCGAAAAUGUUUCGACGGGUUUUAACCAUCGUUCAAUCCCAUUGUAAGUUGGGUUUGACGGCGACUUUGCUCCGCGAAGAUGACAAAAUCGCCGAUUUGAAUUUUUUGAUUGGUCCGAAAUUGUAUGAAGCCAAUUGGUUGGAGUUGCAGAAGAGAGGGUUCAUAGCUCGGGUGCAAUGUGCCGAAGUGUGGUGUCCGAUGACACCCGAGUUUUACCGAGAGUAUCUCGGGUGCAAAACAAGCAAACGUUUGUUGUUGUAUGUCAUGAAUCCGAAUAAAUUUCGAGCAACGCAAUAUUUGAUACGUUAUCAUGAAAGAAGAGGUGACAAAACAAUAGUUUUCUCUGAUAAUGUUUUCGCUUUGAAACACUAUGCGAUCAAAAUGAACAAACCGUAUAUUUAUGGCCCCACCUCCCAAGGGGAGAGGAUCCAAAUCUUGCAAAACUUCAAAUUCAAUCCGAAAGUCAAUACGAUUUUCGUGAGUAAAGUCGCUGAUACGUCGUUUGAUUUGCCGGAAGCCAACGUUUUGAUCCAAAUCUCGUCACAUGGGGGGUCCCGGAGACAAGAAGCGCAACGUUUGGGGAGGAUUUUGAGGGCGAAAAAAGGGGCCAUCGCCGAGGAGUACAACGCCUUCUUUUACACUCUAGUAUCACAGGAUACAAUGGAGAUGAAUUACUCGAGGAAAAGACAGAGGUUUCUGGUCAAUCAAGGCUACAGUUACAAAGUUAUUACAAAGUUGGCAGGCAUGGAUGAAGAGCCUGAUUUGAUGUAUAAAACAAGGGAGGAGCAAGGCCAGUUGUUGCAGCAAGUGUUGGCUGCUAGUGAUAUAGAUUGUGAGGAUGAGAAGGUCCCAGGUGAGGGUGGGAGAGGCGCUGGGGGUUCAGGGAAUCGGAGGACGGGGCAAAUGGGGUCGAUGUCGGGAGCCGAUGAUGCGGUUUAUUAUGAGUAUAAGAAGGGUGCAGCGAGUCAGCAUAAGCAUCCCUUGUUUAAGAAAUUUAGAUAUUGAGUGGUUUGUGUUAAUAAAGUUUUUUAUUCUGA